CUGUAGGAUGAGGAAAGAGUUUAAAAAGCUGCUGGAAGAAACUGGGUAUGUAACACCCGGGAAGACGCUGUCUGAAGUUCGAGUUUUGUUUAUGGGAAGAGAAUGUUUUGAAGCCCUCUCGGAACCUGAUCUUCGAGAGAUUUAUGAGGAACAUCAGAUGGAUAUCACGGAGCGAGCUAAGCAGAAUUUCCAAGAACUGUUGCUUGAAAAUGCUGAGAUAUUCUACCAUUUCACAAGCAUGGGACCAGGUAGUUUGAUCACUCAAGAAGACAUUAGUAAGAUUACAGAAACAUUACGAGAAGAUUCGAGGUAUAAGGCUCUGGAUAGGAUGGAGCAAGACAGGAUGCUCAUGCUUCUCCGACACUUGGGUUUUGUACAUGGACCUAUAAGAGAACACUGUCCAGCCUAUCCCAACUGUAUGGAUAAUCUCAUUGAAAAAAUCAUAGCUCAAAAGGCACUUAGGCCUUCUUCGUGGAGUCGAAAUAGCCAUUGGCUUCUCGAGUCAGAAAACAAUCAGCUUAACCUAGUCCUUUUAGGCUCUGAUGGCAUAGCAGAUGAACUAGCCAACACCAUCAGGGCCUAUUGUACAGAAGAUGUUUUUGAAAUGGAAAAAAUGCAAUAUACUCUAGAUUUUAGAAUUAUUAACGGGGAUGUUGGUUUACCCCAUAACUCCUUUCAAACAUCAGGAUUUCUUCCACAUGGAUGUUUCUGUGUAUAUUCUAAUCAUCAGACUCUAGAAUACAUCCGUGAGAGUUUGGAGAAAACCUUACUUUCAAAUCUUGAACAAGAGGACAGACUCCCUUUUCACGGGCUCCCUAUUGUUAUCCUGUUUGCUGCUGAUUCUAGUACAAAUGAGAAAGACUUAAGUUUUCUUUGUGAAGAAGGUCAGAAUAGGGCUAAAAGUCUGCAGUGUCCAUUUAUUGACGUAAGUAACUGUGACUCUGGUACUGAGCAGCGGUUUGAUGAACCAAAACUUCUUAAAGCAUUACACUCUCUUAUAGAAAGCAUUCAGCGACGAGCUGACUUGCUACAGAUCUAUCACACACUUCCAGAACAGGCUGUCAACCCUGACAUCAGGAUCAUCAUGUGCAUGCUUUGUGGAGACCCGUAUAGUGUUGAACAUGUUCUGGGCCCACUACUCAGUCACCAUUGUUGUUUUGUCACUUCCCCCUACACCAUUACAUUAGAAACUUAUCUGGGAGACUUCAAACGCAGCGUGGAGGUGCGGGUCACCUCCUACCAUGGGGCUACUUCUUUCAAAGAAGAACUUGUUCAUGGGUUUAUUCUGGUGUACUCCACUAAAAGGAAAGCUUCACUCAGCACUUUGAGUGCUUUUUCAAUGAACAUUCCAAACAUCCCAAUCCAGAUUUUGGCUGUUACAGAGACGGGUAGUGCAAAUGCUUUUUUUUCUAGUGAUUUAUCGCACCAACUAAUAACAGAAGGGAAUGCUUUAGCUGAUAAAUUACAGGCUCAUUUCAUGACCUCGAUAUCCACCUGUCAACAGAAAACUGCAUUCUACACACCAUUUUUUAAAGAGGUGUCAGAAAGGAAGCCUCAUAUAGAAAAAGCUUUCAGCAUGGAUGAUUCAGAUUACUCCCUCGAAAAUCUCCCACAUGUACCACCUCCCGUCCCUUCUCGGCAAGAGUCGUAUCAUAUACGAAGUGGUUUGCUGGAAGAUGGGGUGGAUUCUGAAGGUUUAUAUGAACAGUUACCAACAGACAGCAGCCAUGGUCUUGACGAUGAAACGGUCUCUUCUACCAUGUACUUAGAGGAUCCUCCUCUGAGUCCUAGUGAUGAGAGUGAUUUGUACGCUAGCAUUUAUAACCAGGAGAAUGGUGAACAUUUACUCAAACCCAGCCAGUUAAAGAACAGAAGAAGUCUUCAGGCAGAACUGUAUCAUCAGUCCUUCCCUAGCACAGAAUCUCUUGAUCGUUCUAUGACGCUAAAGUCUCGUGACUCUACUCCUCCUUUAUCUCUUCCCCCUACCAGGUUUGAAAGAGACCCCCAGACAGGUAUAGACCUCACAUUUCCACCCCCACUUCUUUCCACAUUCACAGGAAUCGUGGCCUCCCCACCGUCAUUCCAGAAUCAAGUUCAUUACUCACCACACCUCUCUCCUCACCACUACCCACUUACCUCUGUAUCAGCCCACCCAUCUCUGUAUGCAACAGGAAGGAGAAGGACUGGUUCUAAACCAUCUCCAUUUCCUCGAUACUCUCAGACAAAGGCGGAGCGAGGGAAGAAAAGUAAAUCUGGAAUUUCUUCUGCUCCCAGCCUAGCCUCUGCACAGCCAGGAUCAACACCAAGACCCGAUGAUGCUUCCGACAGCAUUACUGAUGAUGAUGAUACCUUAUCCUCAGGCUUAAGUGGUUAUGGAACCUAUCCCCCUCCUCCAGAACCUGCCCCUCCUGACCUCCCUCCACCUCAUGUAAGGAAGGAACCCUCUUUUCCAGCAGGACACCUGGCUUCUCACGCCAGCCUCGAUGAGGGUACAGACUUUGCUUCUCUUGUCUUUCCUUCAUGGAGUUGCUUUCAUACUAACAAGUUUUUAUUGAUCUAA